CCUGCUGCAGCCGCCCAGGGGCUGCGCGGCUCGGGCCAGGUGCGCAGCGACGGGCCUGCACUGGGAAACGGGGACCCCCCCCGGACUCGGAGAAACGUUUUGCUGGAGAGCCCUGGCCUGGCCCUGAUGGCGACGGAGACCAUGUCACUGCCACCCUCUGCCCCAGGGGGGUGCCAGCAGGAUGCCCUUGCUGGCCCAUGCACAGACGGGGAGGGCAUGGAUGUCCCCGGGAAGGGGCACAGGCCAGGGGAAGGCGGCACUGACCCCAUCAUCACACAAAAGAGGGAGCCUGGGGUGCCUGAGCCCCCUGACGCCACUAGCCAGGACGAGGCACCAAUACACGGACAGUCCCCUGCUGCCCCAGGGGAGGGGGGCAGCCAGGCAGAUCACCGCGGUGCCUGCCCUGCUCCCACGGCACAGCCAGACCCCGCUGACACCCCAGGCCGGCCAGCCUGCAUAGGGGAGGGCAGCAAUGGUGACAUCCUUGGUGACCCCCAUGGUGCCACCCCCUCCUUGGAGCCACCUCAAGCUGCCAAUGCCGUCUGCCAAGCGAACCCCGGGGAGCCAAAGCUGAGUGCCGGCUUCGAGCAGGGAUGCCAGGAGAGCGCUGAGGUGGCGGGCACAGAGACAGGUGGGGAGAAGGUGCCCGGCCCACCCGGGGACAAGUCACUGGCCAGCGGCCCAGGAUCGGAGCAGCUGGCGGACGAGUCUGAAAAGGAUCCCCAGCCAGCUGGGGAAGAGGGACCCCUGGCACUGGGCAGCGCUCGUGCCCAGGGGGGCCGGGAUGCCAGCUGUCCACUCGAGCCGGAUGGCACGCCGGUGCCAGGGGGACCCCUGCUGGCACCAGGGGACCUUGCCCCUUGCAGCCAGCAGGGGGCAGCAGGUGCCAGCCCUGAGGCAGUCGUGCCAAGGUCUCCCGUGGCAACUGGUGACUCCUCUGGGCCUGCCCACCUGGUGUGCGACAGCAGCUGGGAGCCGGGGGGCGGGGAAGGCUGGAGGGAGGGACCAGCUGGCAGCUCGGCAGGUGGAGCCGGCGACAACAAUAAACCCCGGGGUGAGGUCGGAACCGGGACUGUGCUGGAAUCUGAGCCGAGCGAGGUGCCACCCAGCGCUGCUGGGCCCCGAGAGACCUCGCCCGGGGGAGACGGCGCCAGGGAGCCAGACGGCGCCGCAGGUCCAGCUGGUGCUGAAGUUCCGGGCCGUGCUGCGGUUCCAGCUGGUGUCAGGGAUCUGACCGCUACUAAAGAUCCAGCCGGUCCGCGAGAGACAGCCAGUGCCACAGAUCCAACCGGUGAAAAUCCAGCUGCUCCCAGCGAUCUGGGCAGUGCCACAGCUCCAGCCGGUGCCGACGCACCGACCAGUGCCGGGGACCCAGCUGGGGCCAAAGAUCCAGGAGCUGCCUCGGAGCAGGAGAACAUGGAGAAUGGGGACCUCUCCAGUGACGGCGAAACCUCUCCGGCCCUUAAGCCAGGUGGGGAGACCCCCAUCGAGCGGGAGAUCCGGCUGCACCAGGAGAGGGAGGAGACCCUGAGGCGGCAGCGGGGCAUGGCCAGCCCGCGGAGCACCCAGGAGUACGUGGAGGUGCGGAUGAAGCCCAUCUUGAGCCAGGCCCAGCUGCCUGCCCAGCUGCCCAAGGACAAGGAGCGCCAGUGGGCCGGGGCCCAGAUGCAGCGGGAGAUCCAGCGGGAGAGGCUCCGCGAGGAAGACCUGAUGCAUAUGGGCCAGGUGCGGGGCACCUACGACCGGGGCACCCCCCAGGAGCUGCAGGAGAAGAAGAUGCUCUUCGAGCACCAGCCCAGCCCCGAGCCCCCUUUCCCCAGGAAGCCGGCGAGGGUCGCCUGCAGCAGCAGUGCUGAGACCCCCUUGGAUCAGGGCCCCCGGGGUCCAUCCUUCACCGAGGCUAACAGCCAGGCCAAGGUGGUCAUCCUGGAGCCCAGCACCCUGCUGCGCCCCAGCCCCGGCCGCCAGCCCCCCCUGGAGCAGACCCAAGGCAGCCCCUUCUUCAGACUGCGCUCCAGGAGCCCCCAGUCCCGGCUGGAGCUCGAGGUGCAGGAGGCCCAGAAGAGGGAAGAGGAGCUGCAGAAGCAGAGGCACUGUCUAUAUGGCUGGGUCUUGCCUCGGGAUGCCCAGAGGGCGACCGACGGUCAGGAGCCGCGCCGCAGUCAGCCAGAGAGACUGUCCUGCGGGAAGCUCGAUGUGACCUGGCCUCCCCCAGCCCUGUCGGAGAGCCCCCAAGAGAAUGGGCUGGACCAGGUGGAGAAAAGCCCCCGGAGCCUUCGCCAGAAAAGUGCCUUAAUCCAGCGCUGGGAGUCAGGAGCUGUCAGCAACCAGGAGAGCUGGGAGUAGGGAGCAGCGCUGAGGAGGGAAGGGAGAGAAAAUGGAGGGAGUGGGGGAUAUCCCAGCAUCUCGCAUCCUUCUCCAGAACCUACCCCCCACUUGAUCCUUCCAGGAUCCCACUGCUGGAACCACCGUGUACCCUUCCUACCCACCUGAUUGGACAAAGCUUUAAUGCAUGUGACCACCCAGGCUGCUUUGAUUGGGUGAUGAACUACUUCGCUUCACCUCCUUCCACCCCAGCUUUCUCCAUGGACCAAUCAGGAGAGACCUAGGUGAAACACAUUGUAGUUGAUUAUUUUUUAGAGCAAGCCAAAUCCCAAAUUAAAGGGAUUUUGGAUCCAUGGAAGGAUGAGGCCUUUAAUACUCCGGACUAGGCACUGAUCUGAGCUAUCCCAGUGUGACUCCAGAAUCACUCAAAGGGGGUGACUCCAGAGUCACACCAGUAUAAAGGCAAUCAGAACCAGGUUCUCUACUGUACGUAAAAUGCAUGGAUCAGAAUCUCCAUCACUUUGAACUCUGGGUUGGGUGGGAUUACUAUUAGUGUGGCCUUGGGACACCUGGUUCUAGACCCAGCUGUGCCACUGAUUUCCUACAUGUCCUUGUCCAAGUCACUUCACCGUUCUGUGCCUCAGUUUCUCUAUCUUUUAAAUAGUGGGAUGACGACGCAUC